UAGCACCUGCAACUCCACCACAGCCAGCCAGCCAGCAGCAGCCUUCCAGCCAUUACCAGACUGUUACGAACCUCUUAUCAUUUAACCAUCUAGACACACUCAGCUCCUUCGUGAGACCAGAAGAUCCGAUCCUAGGAGGAAACGAUCUCAAAUCCUUCUAUUAACCCUCUACCUAACCACAGACAUCACCAACCCACCUCCAAGAUGUCGCAAGUCCACGCUCUGUCCGACGACCAGGUCGGGCAAGAGCUGCGGAAGAUGACAGCCUUCAUCAAGCAAGAAGCAAUCGAGAAGGCCCGCGAGAUCGAGAUCAAGGCAAACGAGGAGUUCAGCAUCGAGAAGUCGAAGCUGGUGCGCGAGGAGACGGACGCCAUCGACGCCGCCUACGCCAAGAAGUUCAAGCAGGCGUCGAUGACGCAGCAGAUCACGCGGUCGACGGUGGCCAACAAGACCCGUCUGCGGGUCCUGGGCGCCCGCCAGGAGCUGCUCGACGACAUCUUCGACCAGGCCGGCAACAAGCUCGCCGACGCCGCCAAGGACAAGGCCAAGUACAAGGCCGUGCUGAAAGGCCUGAUCCUGGAGGGCAUGUAUGCUCUCAGCGAGGACGAGGUCGUCGUCCGCGCGCGCAAGGCCGAUAGCGGCGCCGUGAAAGACGCUGCGAAGGACGCCGAGAAGGUGUACGAGAAGGAGACGGGCAAGAGCUCCAAGGUGAACCUCGAUGAGAAGAACCCGUUGCCAGAGGGAACAUCGGGCGGUGUGUUCAUCGUAGGAGGCAACGGCAAGAUCGAAAUCAACAACACCUUCGAGGAACGCCUGCGACUGCUACAGCUGAGUGCCCUACCAGCUGUGCGAAAAGCCUUGUUCGGGCCGAACCCGAACCGCAAGUUCUUCGAUUGAGAGGCGGGCAACUCGGCUCCUUUGAUAAACAAACUUGGGGGUUGCUUAUUUCCCCUUCUUCCCUGCGCCCCAUUCACUAACCUUACUUACUUACUCCCUACACACUUUAUUUCGUGUGUGCAAGUAACUGGCUUAU